AUGGCUGCAGCCACGGCAUCGUCGGACGACAGCGACGUCCGCAACAUGGCUCUGAUGUUCUUCCUCGAUCAUCUGAUGCAGAAGAACGGUCAUCGGUCGAUCCAUGACUUGAGCUGCCAAUUCGGCGCUCGUGGCUUCACGCCGGCCAUGCGUGCAGCCGUGGGUGGC